AUGGCUUAUCCAUGUGCUCACUUGUUACAGAUCAUGAUGUGCUCAGUGUAUGGGAUCUGCAAGGUGUCAGACUGUGAGAUUCGCUUCAAAGACAUCGUGAAAGAGUACAGCACCAUGCCCAAUGCAUUGUCUGAUGUUUACAAACAGGCUCUGUUGGAGAACGGCACCCAUGACUCCAUUAUCAGCUUCUACAACCGAGUGUUCAUGCAGUGUUUGAAGAACUAUAUUCUGCAGUUUGCAAAACCAGUGCAACCCAACCUGUCCCCAUUGCCAAAGCCAGUCAACUCAUCACUGAAUUCAUCCCCUGUCUAUAGUAUCCCUGGUCGCAAGAAUUUCUACAUUUCACCGCUGAAGGAGUCGCCGUUCAAGCCCCCAAGUUCUCCGAGCAACAUGACACCAAGAUCUCGAAAACUCUACAGCUUUGGAGAACUGCUUGGCUCCGCAGAGAAGCUUAAGAGCAUCAAUGAGUCGAUGGCUGCAUUCAAGUCGAGAGGCAACCUGCCUUACGUAACCACGGUGAGGAGAACAUCAUCCAAGAGGCUCAGCUUUGAUGAGAUGCCCAGCUCUGACAUCAUAAAUGGCAAUGACAUCACUGACCAGGAUGUUGUUGUGAAGAAGAAAAGAGUGACUCCCCCUGCAGUUGUUUCUCUAUCUGCAUCUGGGCAAAGGAAUGGAGAAACUGACAAGGAGAGUAAUUGCCAGUGAGUAUUUGCCCCUGCUGGGGAUAAGGGAGAGAAUCUGGUAACUCGAAAUCGCAGCUGAUAGACAGAUGGUCUUCUUUUUUCUUCUGUACUUAUGAUGUUGGCAAUGUCUCGAAUGUCAUUUAUGUUCAUACAAGUUGUAUUUUAAAUGUAAUUUACUAUGUUUUUUAAGAUGAUUAAUUUUGUUCUUGGACUCUUAUUAUUUUACCAGUUUACAUUUUGUCAUAGAAUUUCUUAAAUUGCAUAAUAUAACACUUUAGAAUUUGAUUCCUUUUAUAGCUUGUUGCAUUCUUUUACGGUAUGAUUUGAAACAAGGUGUGUUAAAAUUUAUGAGGGAUUAACUUAAAUGAAUUUGUCCGCUAAAAAUAGUUCACUUCAUUGACUGUCAAAAGUUUUCUUGAAGUAUAUUUUGAAGUGAUGGUGAUCGUUUUCUUGUGAAAUGCAGUUAUUUUUUUAUAAUGUCAUAGCUAUAUGCGGAGAUGACUAUAUUUAAUAUAUGUUCACAUAAAAUGAUGUUUUUGAAGGACUGAUUAUUGAGCAGUUGUGUGCAGAAAAGGGUUAUUUUCUUUGAAAUUAACUUCUUAAGAUGUUAUUCAGUUACAUGUAUUGUAGCAUUUUUUGAUGUACGCUUUGUAUUUUACAUAAUCAAGUUGCUUAAGAGCCUUCAUUUCGAUUACAUUUUUUAAAAUGUUCCCUUUAAAUUGUGUUUUCUCCUUUUAUUUUGAACAUAAACAAUAUUUUAUGGAAAGUCAAUUUAUUCACUAUUAUUAAUGUUAGAAUUAUAGAAAUCAUGUUAACAUUUUAAUCAUGUCUGUGUGAUAUAUUUGAUAUGUUCCAAAAAUUAACAUACCAACAACCAUGAAUAUUGGUUUUAAAUGAGAUGCUUGAAAUGUGCAUACAUUUGUUCUGGAAUUGUAACAUAUACAAAUUUAUUGGUAGGAUUUAUUGAAGUAAUCUUACCUGUUGGGUAUUCGUGUAGACAUGUUUUUUUGUUCAAUUUACUGAUAUAUGAAAUUAAUUUGCUAAGACAGUAUGUGAAUGUUCAGUGUUGAUGAUUUUUUAUAGUAUAAAACUUCUUUAUUAUUGUGUUUUAUUACGCGAUUUUAAUUGAUUUCUUUAUGAUGUAUUGUAUAAGCUUUAUUAUUUAUGUUGAAUAUAACACUCAUUAAGUUGCUAUAACAAGUCAAUAAAAACAGUUUAUGGCCAAUAU